CGAUCGCAGUUUCAGACGAAAGAAAUCGCUCACAGCGAUAGCACGAAAACGCAAACACCGGAGAAAGCAUAAAACUUGCAACGAAUUUGUAGUGAACUGUUCAAAGUAAGCAAAGUGGCAUAAUUUGAAGAAGCUCUCAACUCGUUAAGCAGAAUAUUGUAUCGAUCGUCGAAUACUACGAACAUUAAGAACGGUGCAGUGUGAAUGAAAGCACAAAUUUAAUUUGAAAUAAAAAACAGUGCAGACAAUUUAGUUGUUCUAUAUUUGAUUUUCCGCUUUGUGAUUAGUCAAUUCGAAGUUUUCUCUUAGAGAGUGCACGAGUGUGACGGAAGAUUCUAAAUUGCAAGCAGCGAAUUCAUUAAGGCAACCGUAAUUAGAGCUCGUAGUUACGGUAAAUCGUAAUUGCAUAGUCCAGUAACACACAAGCACGACGAACGAGGUGCAGCAAACGAAGUGUCCAAAGAACAAGCUACGAAUUUGUACCACUUACCCAGCGAAGAACGCAUCAACUUCUCGAGUCAGCAUGCCUACUCAACGUCAACUACACGCUUACCUGCUGCUCUUAAUAGUCACCACCAACUGCUUGCUCGUAUCCUAUGCCUUCCCGCAAAACGAGGUUUACCAACGCCAGCGCCUCCAACAAUUACAGCAGCGACAAUCUCCCGUUUACCAAGCGGCAGAUGAGUCUGCAGCACGAAAAUAUGCGGUGAAACCGAAUGCCUCAAAGAAAGUUGCACUAGAUGACGUUGAGGACGAUGGUGAUGUGGUGAAUCAGUUGAGCGAGACCCCUACCGGUUUCUCGUGGUCCAACAUGCUCUCCACCGUUUUAACGAUGUUCUUCAAUGGCGCAGCAAAUGCGCCCUCCAAAUCCGAUGACGUUGACAAUUCUGUUGGUUUCGGUGGCUCACCAUGGGCAAAUGUAAUAUCGAUGGGCUUAAAAAUCAUUAACACACUCUUGGGCGGUGGCGCACCAAGCGAUGGCAUCGAUAAAGUUGACAACGGCGGCUCACCAAUGCAGAACAUCUUAGGCGCUGUGCUGUCUUCAGUGCUUGGUACCAAAGAUCCCGAUCAAGUGAAUUCAAUGGCGAAACAAGCUGGCGAGUUCAUUCAAAUCGUGAUGAAUCUGCUGGAUGCGCUGAAGACAUCAUUUUCCCAUCGUUCGUUGACCGCCCGCUCCAUGGGCAAACGCGACUCGAUGAGCGACGCCACAGUUGCCGGUCUCUCCCUGCUGAAAGGCUACGUGCGCACCUACCGCAACGCCGACGACAAGUGCAUGCAGCGUUAUAUGUGCGAGGCCAACACCGAGUGCGUGCGCGAAAUUGGCGGCGCUAGCAUCUUCUGCCAACUGGGAUCUUACGCUACCAGCUACUUCCUGGAUCGCACUAGCGAUGGGCAGUUCGAGCAUCUGUACGAUGCUGGCCGCAGAGGGCGCUCCGGCUAUGACUGUCAUCAGCUGUAUCUUGAGUGUAAUGAAGUUUAGGGCUAGACAGCGGUGGGGCUUUUUUGCAUACUCCUGGUAUGGACAGGCGGAAGCAGAUCAUUUGGUAGACUCUGCGUGAGCUGCAAUGCAGCGUGAUGGCAAAUAGUUAUAUACAUAUACACAUAUACAUAUAUAGUAAAAUCCAUUAGCAAAACAACUUGUACUGCUUGUCACACACACACACGCACAUACACACACACGAGUAUCUCUACUGAUUUCGCAAUAAGUUUAGGUUAAAAUAAUUUAUUUAUUUAUUUAAAAAUGUACGAAAGAUCAAGGCAUCACACAUACUUUGCUAUGCUAUGUGUUUGUGCUGAUUUAGUUUAGUCAAAAAUUUAUAUAUAAAAAAAUAAAUUUAAAUACUACUUAA